GAUUUAGUUCCGCUUUUCUUGUUCAGGCGGAGUACAGUUGGCGCAGUCGAUUCGGAAAAGUACUUAAAUGGUUUCUGGCUUUCUGCAGCAGCACGUCUUUCGUUUUCAUAGAGGAAAUAAAAGUGACAUUUGGCAGUGAGUGUUCCCAGAUUGGACACAGCUUCACACUCUAGGAUUUGUAAAAGAGAAGUCCACUGUAGCGGGUGAGCUCAGUGAUUGAGUAGCAGUGGAAGCUCGGGGAGGAGGUGACUGUAACACGGGCGGAACCGCCUCAACUUUCCAACAGCAAGUCUCCUGUCUGCCUGCGUGGAGAGCGCGUUUUUACACUUCUCCUGCCCCAGAGAUUGGUGAAGUAGCCUGUUUCUGUAGCCCACCAUGUUUAGUUGGUCCAAAAGGAACGGGAAGAAAGAGCCGGAGCUUUUUCAAAAUGUCUCCGAGGGGCUGAAGCGCCUGUACCGCCACAAGCUCUUCCCCCUGGAGGACACCUACCGCUUCCACGACUUCCACUCCCCGGCGCUGGAGGAUGCCGACUUCGAUAAUAAGCCCAUGGUGCUUCUGGUCGGUCAGUAUUCCACCGGAAAAACGACCUUCAUCCGGCACCUGAUGGAGCAGGAUUUCCCCGGGAUGCGGAUCGGACCGGAGCCCACCACAGACUCGUUCAUAGCGGUGAUGCACGGAGAGCAGGAGGGGGUCAUCCCGGGCAACGCGCUGGUGGUGGACCCGAAAAAACCCUUCCGGAAACUCAACGCCUUCGGAAACGCUUUCCUCAACAGGUUUAUGUGUGCUCAGCUGAAGAAUCCUGUCCUAGAGAGUAUCAGUAUCAUCGAUACCCCAGGCAUCCUGUCGGGGGAGAAACAGAGGAUAAGCCGAGGCUAUGACUUUGCGGCUGUACUCGAGUGGUUCGCCGAGAGGGUGGAUCGCAUCAUCCUGCUCUUCGAUGCCCACAAGCUGGACAUCUCGGACGAGUUCUCCGAGGUGAUAAAAGCCUUAAAGAACCAUGAAGACAAGAUGCGUGUGGUAUUGAACAAAGCAGACCAGAUCAGCACACAGCAGCUGAUGAGGGUGUACGGUGCCCUUAUGUGGUCACUAGGGAAGAUCAUUAACACCCCGGAGGUGGUGCGGGUCUACAUCGGCUCAUUCUGGGCGCAGCCUCUCCAUGUUCCAGAUAACAGGAAGCUGUUUGAGGCUGAGGAGCAGGACCUUUUCCGAGACAUCCAGAGUCUUCCACGGAACGCUGCCUUGAGAAAGCUGAAUGAUCUGAUUAAGAGGGCACGUCUUGCCAAGGUUCACGCUUACAUCAUCACGUCUCUAAAGAAGGAAAUGCCCAGCAUGUUUGGCAAAGACAACAAGAAGAAAGAACUGAUUGCCAACCUGGGUGCCAUCUAUGAGAAGAUUGAGAGAGAACACAACAUUUCUCCAGGGGACUUCCCAAACCUCAAGAAGAUGCAGGACGCCCUGGCUGCCCAAGACUUUGCCAAAUUCCCCGCCUUGAAGCCCAAACUGCUGGAGGCUGUGGAGGACAUGCUGGCCAAUGACAUUGCCAAGCUCAUGGCACUCGUGCGCCAGGAGGAGGCAGCCAUGCCUUCUCAGGCAGUGAAGGGCGGAGCCUUCGAGGGCACCAUGAAUGGGCCAUUCGGCCACGGUUACGGUGAGGGUGCCGGUGAGGGCAUCGAUGAGCUGGAGUGGGUGGUAGCUCGUGACAAGCCAUCCUAUGAUGAAAUCUUCUACACUCUCUCACCCAUUAAUGGCAAGGUGUCGGGCGCUGCUGCCAAGAAGGAGAUGCUGAAAUCCAAGUUGCCUAAUACAGUGCUUGGCAAGAUCUGGAGCCUGGCUGAUGUGGACAAAGAUGGCUUCCUGGAUGAUGAGGAGUUUGCGCUGGCCAACCAUCUGAUCAAGGUGAAGCUGGAAGGCUACGAGCUGCCCGCCAAACUGCCCUCUCACCUGGUGCCCCCAUCCAAACGUGGGCAAGAGCAGCAGUGACACUCUGGAGCAUCCCAUUAGCUCUGUAGCUGUGGCUCAUUUCAGGCUUUGACGUCCCCAGUCAUUCCAGGAUUUCUUCCAAAUAGCACCUCAGCAGCUUUCAUCACUUCACCUCAUACCAUUUUAUUAAAAUAAAAAAAACAGUUAGCGCUUUUGAGAGACUCUUCCAGUUGCUGUACAUAUGGCUUUUUCCCCAAAAAUUCUUGUAGUCUAGAGAAGUAGGUAGCAAUAUUCUACUUUCAUUUGUUCUUUUUGGUUCAAUAUGUUUUAUGACCAUUAAUGUCCUCAGAGCUGUGAUCUUUUUGUCGUAUCUUACUGAUGAAAAUUGAAUCUGGCCUGGUUAUCCCAUUAACUAAUCAAUGACACUCCACUGUGUUAUUAUAUGGAUUCUGAAGCCGGAAUAUGCACGGUUGAAUAUCUGGAAUGGCUUUGGAUCCAAAGACUGAACCUGAUCUCAGAACAAAAUAAAGCUGUAAAAGACUUGCGGUUUGGAUGUGUAUGAAAACACAAGACACCACUUUCAGCAGAGGGUUGUUAGAAAAGAUUGGAAAAUGCACUUUGCUGGUACUAAGGCAAUUGAUGACAGUUUUGGAGGAGCAUGGGCCAGGAGAAAUUGUUAAGGGUGACUAAUGGAGAAAAAAAUUAAUGUGAAAUAUAUAUACAUACAAAUUAUAAAAUAUAUCCCUAUUCUUUGUUUGCAGACUUAACUUAUUCUUCUUUAAAAUCUGUAUUUUUAUAUGUUGAAAUUUGACACUAUAAAGGUUUCUCUUGAUUUAUGUUCCUGCCUUUAAAGACAGUCAUGCAGUUUCAGUCUUUUUUUUUUAUAGGUGGUGGGAUUUCAUGUAGUUUAUCUCCUCUUACAGCAACUCUGAUAUUACUCUGAUUAAAAAAGAAUAAAUGUUAAUGAAAAACCUAAUGUUAACCAACUUCCUGUCAUUUUAUUGUGUUUAUAGAUUGUAGUUAACCUGUCUUCCAACAGUGAUUCCACAAUGCCACCAAUAUCCACAUACCAAAAUUGGAGCAGUGUGCCAGCAACCUUAAAUACAUUAACAUUGUAAGGUUAGCUGCCAAGGGAUUUAACUCCCAGUACUACCAGUGGAGCUUCCCAUUCCCCAAACACUGAUCCAUUAUUAGCACCAUGUCCACGGCUUCAGACAUACCAAGUAAGUAUGUGCCUGCAGAGCACCAAAUACGGCAUCUUGUGCCGUGACUGUCUGCACUUCUACUUUUAUUUUUGUCAAGCCUGACAGUUGUUAGCUUUGCAUUUUUAUCAGUAUUCCAGAAUCUCUCCGCUAUCUUUCUCUGUCAUGUUGAGGCGUGUUUCAAUGCUACUCUGCUAUGGUGAAAGAUUUUGCCUCCAGUGGGGAGUGCUUGCUGUGUAGUAGCAGUGGUGUCAUAGUGAGACAGUAAAUUUUCACAGCCUCAUGGAACUUUUUUUUUUUUUUUAUGGCACUGUAUGACCUUGAAAGUACACUUCUGAAAUGCAAUACACUAUCCCUCUGCUUGGAGUACUUUUUUUACAUGCUAUCCUUUUGUCAAUUGAAAGGUUCUGAUAAAGAUAUUUGGCUUAA